CACAGAAGUGCACAUACUGCAUGUCACUAAUUAUAAUAGCCUAAGGACUCAGGAAAUGUUCAAAAACAGUUUUUAAAAUAGAGUUUAUAAAAUGUCCAGGAAGUACUGUACAGGAAAAGAAUAUGUGAAUAUAUCACUUGUAUGAAUCAGAGAAAACAACAAAACUGGAACUCCUGAAACCGGGAUCAUUGGACAUCAGCCGAACACGUUGCAGCUCGUGCACGUUGCCAUGCUGUGGUUCUACCUUCUCCUCCCCUCACUGCUCUGUGACAACCUGCUCUGCUACUACAGCCCCGUCCUGGAGAAGGAGAAGACAUCUGAGCUCAUUGUGACGGAGUGCCCUUCUGACGAGCUGUGCUACAAGGCAGAUGGUCGCUAUGGCAACCACAGUGCCCUGUCGGCCAGGGGCUGCAUGGCAAAACAGGACUGCAGCCAGGUGCACAGCGUCCGCCACAAAGGAACCGUCUACACCAUGAGCUAUGCCUGCUGUGAUACACCACACUGUAACUCCUGCCCGGGGGUCGCAGCCACAUCCCUCUACAUCACUGUUACACUUCUGACUGUAGCUGUGAUGGCCGGCAGCUUGUGACCAAAGACACCUGAUGCGCUAUGUUCACUAGAAUCUUUAGAGGUUCAUCUCAAAGGGGAAGAUGCUUUUGUAGUUCAAUACCAAGUGAGCAGUGCUCUGUAGCUUCAGCAUGGAGUAAUGCUGAUGGUCUACAGAAGUAUGUGGUGAACACCCAGAGAUUUCAA